GACUGGCCCGCCUGUAGGGAGGGGGUGUGGCGAUGUGGCAGGGACUGCUCGGUCUGGUAGCCUUGGGGCAGAGGCUCGGGGGAGGUGCGGCGCUGUGCCGCCGGCUGGACGCGUUGACAGUCAGCAGGAAGUUCAGCGCAGGCAUGGAGGAAGAGGCGAAGCAGAAGGCUGGCUACAUGGCUGUGGACAACCAUGUGCAGAAUAACCAAGCUUUGGGUAUCGGGAGUGGAUCCACAAUAGUCUAUGCCGUGGAGAGAUUAGCUAAGCGGGUUCGAGACGAGAAUCUGAAAGUCGUGUGUGUACCUUCCUCCUUCCAGGCCCGCCAACUGAUCCUACAGCAUGAUCUGCCCCUCAGUAACUUGGACAGACACCCUGAGCUUGAUGUUGCCAUUGACGGAGCUGAUGAGGUGGACUGUAACCUCAACUUAAUCAAAGGCGGAGGAGGCUGCUUGACUCAGGAGAAGAUCAUUGCUGGCUGUGCAAAGAAGUUCAUUGUCAUUGCUGACUACAGGAAGGAUUCUAAAAACCUGGGUGAGAAAUGGAAAAAAGGAGUUCCAAUCGAAGUCAUCCCGAUGGCUUAUGUGCCGGUGACCAGGGCGAUCGUCGCUAAGUAUGGAGGGAAUGUUGAGCUACGAAUGGCUGUCAGCAAAGCAGGUCCAGUGGUAACGGAUAACGGGAACUUUAUCCUGGACUGGAAGUUUGGUACUAUUUCCAAUUGGAAAGAUGUCAAUGUGGGCAUUAAAAUGAUCCCAGGAGUGGUGGAGACGGGUCUAUUCAUCAAUAUGGUGGAGCGAGUUUACUUUGGACUGGAAGAUGGAGCUGUCUGCUUUCGGGACAGACAGUCACACUGACGAAGCACAAGAGGAACCAAGUCUUCCGUUGAAUGUGAAGAACACUUUGCCUUAAACUUUCUGAUUUAAUAUGUUAUCCUGCCAAAUAUCUUAUUUACUAUUUUUUUUAAAGUUCUUUUUAUGCAGCUCCUGACAGAUCCUCAGCCCUUGCUGGAGUAGCUGUUUACAGCUGCCUUAGAGUUAUUCUGUCCGGUAGGGGCUACACAGAUUCCUACCUCAGCCUCCAUGCUGUUGACUACACAGCCUGGGGAUGUUGUGGGUUAUCUCUCUGCUUUGGUCACAUGAAGAUUACCUAAGAGCAGGCUGAGAUGUAACCCCUGUAACGGGGCAGCAUGUGCCCUUGAGAAUCCUUCCAGAUUACAAACCACCCCUGCAGACCUGGGUCACUGCCUUCUGGAGAGGAGAUGAUGAAAUGUACAGUAGAUCUUUGGAAAUGCUGUGGAGUUUGCUCUUCACUGUCAUCUGGUCUUGCACUGCUGGUGACCCAAACCAUACCCCAGCUCCCGAUAGAGACACUGGUGAAGGGAAGUAAAUUAAUGCCUGUACAUGCUGACAUUUAAGCUGGGGUGAGGGAUUUGUGUGCGGAACCCAGGCCGUGUGUAUUCCCACCCACUUUUAUUACUGAGCUCACUGCCUGUUGUUGCCAGGUACUGGUUAUUGACCACAGUGUUAAAAGGGGCAUAUCAUUGUCUGGGGAAGGAAGGGUUAUGGUUCCUGCCAGUGAGACGCUCCCUCUGACAUCGGACAAUCCCAGGGCAAGUAUUAAUUCACUGAAGACAUAAUUCCCCGGGUGAGGGGGUAUUCCUUUGUAUGUAGCACCCUGUGAAUCAGUAAUUGUUAUUUUGGGACUGACUUCUUAUUUACAGUUGUCAAUGUCAUUCAACCAUUCUCUUGGACCCAGUCAUGGGCUCAGUCCUGCUGCUGCCUUAAAGGACCAGUCACCAUAGUCCUGCUUGGUUUGAUGGCUUUGUGUUCAGUGUUUAUUGUUCCUGCUUCUUGCCCAGCCUGCAGCUGACUGGUGUUUGGCAAGUUUUUGAGAAAUUCUCAGUUGAUCGAUUCAACACAAAUCAAAAUACCUUUUUUUAAAAAGGAAAAAUAAUUGAUAUAAAUGCAUCAUUUUGGAGAUUUGCCAUUCUUGUAUUUUUUUUUCUGUUUUAUUUUAAAUACAUCACUGAACACAC